AUUCAAUCGAUGCGAACGCAGAGCGCAGGCGUCGAUCCGACGCUUUGUUUUGACGUUUGAGCGAAAAAUGUCUGAAAAACGCGAAAACAAUGCGAAGAACGACCCGAAGGGCGACACCACUGGCGGCCAAAACAAAGCGCUAUCGUCGGCGUCGGCACAGAAGAAACGCAAACACGUGGACAACGGCGGCGGCGCGCAGUCCCAGUCGAAGGGACCGCCGCCGCAGUGGACGCGCCUCACGGGAGCGCCCGCUUGGGAUCUGCCGCCGCACGAGUCGCGCGACCAGACCUUCACCGGACGCUGUCGUCUCUUCGUCGCCAAUUUGCCGCAAUCGGCGACCGAGGAGUCGUUGCGGGCGCUGUUCGGCGACUUCGGCGCCGUUUCCGACAUUUAUAUCGGGAAAGGAAACCAAUUCGCGUUCGUGAAGAUGGACACGAGAAACAACGCCGAGACGGCGCGCGCACACCUCGACGCCAAACUCGUGGACGGCCGCACUCUGCGCGUGCGUCUCGCCGCCCACGCGGCCGCCAUUCGCGUCACUCAACUGCCGCCUCUCGUGUCCAACGAAUUGUUGCAUUUGGCCUUUUCGUCGUUCGGAUCCGUCGAGCGCGCCGUCGUGUCGGCCGACGACAGGGGUCGUUCGCUGAACGAAGGGAUCGUGGAGUUCGCGCGCAAGUCCUCCUCUCAGGCGGCGCUCAAGAAGUGUCAAAACGAAUGCCUUCUGCUGUCCGCGACUCCCAUUCCCGUCGUCGUGACGCCACUCGAGUCGCGCGACGAGGAAGAGGGCGUCCUCGAGAAGAGCGUUCUUCACGCCGCCGACUACCGCCUGGAGCGCGAACUCGGGCCGCGAUUCGCAGACCCGGGAUCCAUGGAGUGGGAAAUGGCGCGCAAAUGGAAGCAAUUGGCGGACAUCGAGGCCCAGAAGCGCGAGGCUAUGGAGUCGGAGUUCCGCGACCUUCGCGACGGUCUUCACCAACAA